UGCAACCAAGAUAUGAGCCCUUGACGGGAAGCGAACCCAGGACCCUUUGGUCCUCAGGUCAACACUAUCCAGUGAACUAAACUGGCUAGGGCUGUUAUCAGCUUUUUAACCCAGGUGAGCAGAAUGCCCAAAACCACACAGAAUUGAGACCAGGACAGAAGCCACUGGUCGUUAUUCAUGGUUUAGAACAGAAACAGAAACCACUAAUGUUCUGGGUGAAAAGUGAAGCAUCAAACCUGUCUGCACUCGAGUUCAGCCAAACUCCUCCAGCCUUUGUAUGUCAGUAUUCUCUUUUCUUCUACCGAAGGAAUUUUUUAAAUUGCCUUUCUACAUCUUUUUCAGACUGGAAGACUGUGUCUGAAUCACCACCAGAGCAAGACCUUUCUGAAGAAUCAUUCCAAAACACAAGGGUAGAGAUACCUCCUGGGGAAUCAGAUCAUAGGAGCUGUGGACAGGGGAAGAGCUUUAAUCUGCGACCAGUCCUUUCUCCACAACAGAGCGCUCCUAAAGAACAUCAGAAGAGCCACACUGGGGAGAAGCCUUAUGAGUGCAAUGCAUGUGGGAAGGCCUUCAGCCAGAGCUCAUCUCUUACUCAGCACCAAAGGAUUCACACUGGAGAGAAACCUUAUAAAUGCAGUGAGUGUGGAAGAGCCUUCAGCCAGAAUGCAAACCUCACAAAACACCAACGCACUCACACUGGAGAAAAGCCCCACAGAUGCACCGAGUGUGAGAAAGCCUUCAGUGACUGUUCAGCCCUUGUUCAGCAUCAGAGAAUUCACACUGGAGACACCCUACGAAUGCAGCAACUGUGGGAAGGCCUUUCGUCACAGUGCCAACUCACAAACCACCAGAGGACUCACACAGGGGAGAAGCCCUACGGGUGCAGUGAGUGUGGGAAGGCCUUCAGUUACUGUGCAGCGUUUAUACAGCAUCAGAGGAUCCAUACAGGAGAGAAACCUUACAGAUGCAACGCAUGUGGGAAGGCCUUCAGCCAGAGAGCAAACCUCACAAACCACCAGAGGACUCACACUGGAGAGAAACCCUACAAGUGCGAGUGUGGGAAGGCCUUCAGCCAAAGUACAAAUCUUAUAAUCCACCAAAAGACCCACACUGGGGAGAAGCCAUAAAGCAUUUAACCAGAGUUCAUCCCCUAGUCAGCAUCAGAGAAUUCACACUGGUGUGAAACCCUACCAAUGUAGGGAGGUGGGAAGGCUUUCAGGUGUAGUUCAGCUUUCAUUAGCCACCAGAGACUCCAUGCUAGAGAGUAACUGGCAACGUGACCAACGUGGAUGGGGACCUGACGGUUUGAAAGCCUCUGGAAACACUUUUGCACCGUAAUAAAGUGACUAUUUCAUGUGGAAGGUCUCAAGAGCUUUUUUUCUUUAAUAUAACCCAACUCAAAUUACUAGUCACCUAUAUUCAUGAGCCUAAGUGCUUUUUUGUGUACCAAGCACUCCAAGAAACCUUGGUUUAUAAAGGUAUGAUCAAAUCAGUGGAAGACCUGGUUCCUACUUAAACGCUAGGUAUUUCAGCAAUGGUUAUCCCUCCUUGAAUGACUUGUAAAAACCAUAAGAACCAAGAAUUCUAGCCAGGAAAGAGCAUUUCUCUAUAAUGGGGUCAAUAAAGUAUCUGAUUUGGGGAAGUAAAUUCAAGUAGGAAAGAUUCUGGGGCCACCACUUAAUGCUACAAUUUCACUGAGGGUAGAUGAAGGAUUCCUGCCUUAAUGCUAAAUAUGUGAAAACCUACACACACACAGAUGCACCGCAACACUGCUAUACCCUAUGUCCGCUUUAUAACUGACCUAGUGCUGUUUGAGCUGUUAAGUCUUGGAAGGAUAGAAGCUGAGGAUGUCAGGAGGCUGUUACCAAAAUCUCCCCAUAAGGCACACCCUAACAGGGAGGGACGACCUGACGAAGCCAUGCUCUCCCUGUGUCAGGGGCGGGUGGGCUAUCCCUGCUUUCCCCACUAGAGGGCAGUUCCCUUUGCUUUUCCACUUUGCACUGACCUGGGUCCUACUGUUGACAUUACACCAACUGGUGUGAUCUCAUCUCAGCAGUUACAAACCACUGUGUGCUUUCCCUGGUUUUUGGUUAGGAAUGCGCUUGACUUCAGGGACAGAUUUCCCAGUACUGGCCACCUGCUGCAAGGGAGGCCUGUGUCAACUAUUCUCACCCCAAGCCUCUAGCUUUGAUUCUUUGGGUGACUUGGCACAUGUCCUAGAAUACUUAUUUUUCCCUCACCUUUCCACUAAAGAUAGUGUGUUCUCCAACCCUGAUUGCACCUGGGGUGACUAAGAACCCCCUACUAAAGGGCCUGUUGACAAAAUUAACGGGAGAGCAAAGAAACAACUAAUGGCAAAAAAUGAAGCUCUUGGGUUAAUCAUUCCCAAGUGGAGUUUCAAGCUCCUCAACUGUGGCCUAUCCCAGUGCCCAGGUGCCCAUCCGCUGCGUGUCUAAUGAAGGAAAAGUGAGUGAUGAGCUCUAAGGAUGAUUUAGAGCAAACAGAGGGAUGAUGAAGAAAAAGGUGAAAACAUAGAUUAUAAUCUGUUGCUGGUUUAAAGCCAAGAGAAUGUUAGGACUAGGCUGUAGCUCAACUUUAGAAGUAUACUUGACCCUCACUUUCACAUAAUUAAUCAAGGACACAGGUCAGGUUUCUUUGUUAUCCAAUCAUUUAGCCCCAGCUGUGUACUGGAAUGGAUAUAGAAGUCUUGAAUUACAGGCCCUGGGCCCCACCCCCCCCAAAUGAUUUGGUCUAAGAUGAAGAACAUCACUCACGUAGUUAUGCUGCACAAGUUUUCCUUCUGGCCAAGAACUAUUUCUUAUGAAGAGCUCUAGGAAUGUCUACAAAAACCGCUGAGACUUCUUUUCUAGAUGUCUUUCAUGA